AUGGCGUACCUUCUACUCUACAUCAACGGCAUUGUGGUCACUGCAUCCUCCAACGAUCUUCUUUGGUGUUUCAUGGAUCGACUCCACUCUGAAUUUGCCAUGAAGGAUUUUGGUUCCCUUCACUUCUUUCUGGGCAUUCAGGUGUGCCGGAUGUCGGGUGGCUUCUUCCCAUCGCAGGAGAAAUACGCUAAGAAGGUGUUGGAUCGUGCUGGCAUGCAAUAUUGCAAGCCUAUCAGUAUCCCUGUGGACACAAAGCCCAAGCUUGCUGCUGACAAUGGUGUUUCUGUCACUGAUCCAUCGGAGUACCGCAGUAUCAUGGGAGCAUUGCAAUAUGUUACAAUGCCCGGUCCGGAUCUUGCGUAUGCAGUUCAACAAACCUAUCUGCAUAUGCAUGAUCCAAGGGACUCUCAUCUUGCCAUGCUCAAACGCAUUCUUCGGUAUGUCCGUGGUACAACUCACUUCGGUUUUACAGAUCUGUGGAUGAUCAUCUUCAGCUAUCUCAGCUUACUCUGA